UGUUUCAAAGAUGACCGUAUUGCAUUCUGGACUUGGAUGUUUUCAACAUACUUUAUGGAGAAAUGGGCCCCCCGACAAGACGAUAUGCUCUUCUAUGUCCGUCGAAAACUGUCCUAUGUCAGUGGUGAUAGUACAGAGGGGAAAAAGCAGGUUGAAGUUGAAGUUUACCGGAGAGAUUCUAAGAAGCUUCCUGGCCUGGGAGACCCCGACAUUGACUGGGAAGAGAGCGUCUAUUUGAACCUCAUCCUGCAGAAGCUGGAUUAUGUGGUGACAUGUGCUGUGUGCACACGCUCCGAUGGAGGAGAUAUUCACAUUCACAAAAAGAAAUCUCAGCAAGUGUUUGCGUCUCCUAGCAAACACCCGAUGGACAGUAAAGGAGAGGAGUCAAAGAUCAGCUACCCCAACAUUUUCUUCAUGAUUGACAGUUUUGAAGAGGUUUUCAGUGACAUGACUGUGGGAGAAGGAGAAAUGGUCUGUGUGGAGCUGGUGGCCAGUGACAAAAGCAACACCUUCCAAGGGGUCAUUUUUCAGGGGUCCAUCCGCUAUGAAGCACUCAAGAAGGUCUAUGACAACAGGGUGAGCGUUGCAGCUAAGAUGGCUCAAAGAAUGUCUUUUGGCUUUUAUAAAUACAACAACAUGGAGUUUGUCCGAAUGAAAGGGCCACAAGGGAAAGGACAUGCAGAGAUGGCAGUGAGUAGAGUUUCUACUGGUGACACUUCACCGUAUGGGACAGAAGAAGAUUCAAAUCCAGAAUCCCCAGUGCAUGAGAGAGUCACAUCUUUCAGCACACCACCAACCCCAGAACGCAACAAUCGCCCAUCCUUUUUCUCCCCAUCCCUCAAGAGAAAAGUGCCCCGAAAUCGAAUUGCUGAGAUGAAAAAAUCCCACUCAGCAAAUGACAGUGAGGAGUUCUUCAGAGAUGACGACGGUGGAGAUCUGCACAAUGCGACAAAUCUGAGGUCGCGGUCAUUAUCUGGAACGGGACGGUCUCUGGUGGGCUCGUGGCUGAAGCUGAACAGAACAGAUGAAAACUUUCUACUCUAUGCACACUUAACUUACAUCACUUUGCCAUUGCAUCGAAUUUUAACAGAUAUCCUGGAAGUGCGGCAGAAACCAAUUCUGAUGACAUAGCAGAGAGCGGGCACUGCCUUGGAGCCUUGUCGCCAAGUGCCUCACCACAGCGGUUUUCUGUGCUAACACUACCAUCUAGUGUCAGGAACAUAACCUCCGCAGGAAAAAGGGAAGUCCAAGAAUACCAGCCGAUCAAAAGUGCCUCUUUCUUCCUUCCUCUGCUGUCAUACACCGUAUGCACACUUGCAGUACAUCGCUUCAGUGUUUCUGACUGGAAGAGGACUUUCAGCAAGAUAAAACGAGAAGGGGCUGUGUUUAAAACGAGUCAACGCUU